AAUCUCUCUUUUCCCAAAACAAUGAUGGCGCCUCCACUUCCGGUUCCGGCCUCUUGCUGUUGGCAGCGCGGACUAUGGAGGCCCAGGAAGCCACCCCAGGUAGCCAGUCCCAGGAGAGCUGUGUACUGGACCUACCAUCUGCCUGUGACAUCAGAGAUUAUGUGCUGCAGAGAUCCCGCCAGGAGCCCGACAGCGAGACUUUCAGCUCUGUGGAAUUCCAUUCUUUUCCUUGCUCUUCUGAUGUGGAUCCAGAGACUGAUAACCUAAAUACUGAACCAAAGGACUCCUGGACCUCUGAGAACUUCUGGCUCAAUUCUUCUGUGAAGCGCCAAUCGGAAACUGAGGAAGAAGAUGAUGGACUUCGGAAGUCCCUGGAUACAUUCUAUGAAGCCUUCGGCCGUCUGCAGCCAGCCUCUGGGAAUCCCCUCACUGCACGGGUCUGCCAGUGCCUGUCUGAGAAAAUCGCUGAACUGAGGGGCCAGGAGAGCCGAGAGUACGCCCUCCGCAGUUUCCAGAUGGCCCGGGUUAUCCUCAGCCGGGAUAGCUGCUCCAUCUUACAGAGACAUGCCAGGGACGCCCACUUCUACCCACUGGGAGAGAGAAGUGCGUCUCUGGAUGAUGAAAAACCAAUCCCAGGACUUUCAAAAGAUAUCAUUCAUUUCCUCUUGCAGCAGAACGUAUUGAAAGAGCCGUAGCUGAUGCCUGGAGAGCGGCGCUGUGGCCAGUGCUGGUGCUGGCCCCAGAUCCUCCAGGUGAAUUGCCAGUUCUGUGUGCCCAGCUUCCUGCUAAGUGCUUUCAAGGCUGGCACCAGAGAGCUGAUCCUGAAGUCAGCCAUCCCACAGGGAGAGCCAGCAUGGCCUUGCGUUCUGUAUUCCUGUGGCCACCUCACCUCCAAGUCCAUCCAUCUCCCCUCCUUGGCCAAAGCCACUGACUGACUCGAUUAGUUGUCCUAACCCAGGAAGGUGGGAUUCAUGUUCUAGCAUUCCCUCCUCUUUGUUUCAAAGCUGGAACCUCAUAGGAAAUCACUGCUGUGCUUAGUGUAUCCUUCUCCCCUUCCUCGCUCUCCCAUUCACUUGCUGGUGUCCCCAGCAGCCUUUCCUGAACCAAUCUCAAGUCUGUUUCUGGGAGGAGCCAGCCUAAGAGAGCAGGCUGCUGUGAGAUGUGCCAAGCUCUCUGUUGAAUCAAGUAUAAGAAUCAUCCCAAGUUGUAAACAGAGACCAUGUGAUUGGGAACAUAUGUCCUAAAAUAAUAUAUAAAGAUUUAAAUACAGUCCCCAGAAGUAUGUCACACCUUAAUCAGCCUGUGGCCUCCUCUCCAAAACCAGAGUUCUGUUUUUAAUACCAACUGAAUGUGGAGGGAACAUUUGGACCACCUAAAAUAACUGCUAAAAUUCAGAAGUUGUCUUUAAAAAAAGAAGUCUCUGUCUCCAUCAGAUUGCAAAUGUGAAAGGCGUGAAGAAAACAAAUGUGCGCCACUCACCGAAGCAGGGACAAACACACCUCUGACCCACUAGGCUGACGCUGCGCAGCCGUGUCAGUCUGUGGCUGGAAACUCUAAGGAACCUUUUGCCCAGGUUGGGUCCUCCUUCCUCUUGGUAUUUUUGUCUGCUGCCAGAACCCUCUGCCACUCUCUGAAUGGUUGGCUUCUUAUCCCUGCUCUGCCCUGGUCUCCAGUAGCCUGAGCUCUGUUGGCAAAUGCUUGCCCAGAACAGGGCCUCACUGCCGCCUACCCCUCUCCCCAGGUCUGAGCUCUGCCUUGCCAGGGAGCGCUUUAAAUAGCUGGUGCAAACCUGACCUGCAGAUGCUCUGCUCUGCAGGUCUUGUCCUGGACCCCCGAGUGAGACUCUGUUGGUAGAAUUACAUCACCUGGCAGCAGGCUCUCUGAGACUGUCAUUGGAACCCUUGUACUAAUCCCUGCCUCAACAGUUCUUCAAAUAAAUUAUAUGGACAGAAAGGGUUAUAUCACUGGUUUGGGGGAAACAGCAGAAGCUGGCAACUCUGCAAUUAGACUUUGAGAAAAUCAAAGUGAAUUUAACGGGCAAAAGAUUCCAAAAGCUUUUCAGAAAGUGGAUUAUGCAAAUAGGUCACGCUAAAAGUGUAUGUUUUUAAAAAUUCUGUAAUAAAAAAAUACCGUUUUUUAUUUGUGUUUGAAAGGUAGAGAGAAAAAGACACAGACAGAAGAGAGAGAGCUUCCAUCCACUUGUUUACUUCCCAAAUGUCCUUAACAGCAGGGCUGGCCUCGGACUGAAGCCAGGAGCCAAGAAUUCUGUCUGGGUCUCUCACAUGGGUGACAGGGACCCAACCAUUAGAAGAUGCUUCUAAUCUGCUACCUCCAAGGAAGCUGGAUUGGAGGUGGAGGAGCCAGGACUCAAACCAGGCACCCCAAUAUGAAGUGUGGGCAUCCCAAGCUGAGACUUAACUGCUGGGCCAAACAUCUGCCCUGAAAAGUGGACAUUGAGAGUGAGUGUGCCAUCCCACAAAGGUCCUGUGGGCACCCCUGCAUGGAGAGAGAAGCCACUUAAAGUUAGGAAUGACACUCAGACUUCAGCUCAACAACAAUCAGAGGUAAGAAACAGGGCUCCAGGCUGAAGUGCGGUGGCCCCGCUAGGAGGAGGCCCAAUUGGUAGGAAAUGAAAAGGAUAGGUUUUUGAAGGGUUUGGAAGACAGCAUUCCAGGUCUUCCUCUGCAUUUUCUGCCUGGGCUUCUCCUACUUACGGCCCCCAAUAAUCUUGAAAGCAGUAGGACUGAUGAUCAAAACCCUGCAGGUUAACUCUAAAGGCGGCCAGUGUUGUUUUUUAAUGUGAAGCAUAUUAAUAGAUGUCCUUGAAGAAUGCUGUAGUUUUAGUAUUAUUCAGUCACUGCAAUAUUUGCAAUCAGUCUCCAUGGCUACCAAUAGCAGGAAACUGGGUUAUUUUCUGCUGUUUUCAAGGGACCAAAAAAAUGCAGGCUGUUUGAAUCUCCCAUGGUGGGAAGCAGCAACUUCUAUUUUGCAGUGGGGUUUUGGUGUUGGAAAUCUUGUAGCCCUCUUUGAUAUCCACGCAGAAGGAGCUCAGCACAGUGAGAGCAGUGCAUUGAGAGGUCUAAAAGCCACAGUCACCUUAGGGUAAAAAGAGUGUGGUGUGUGUUUCCUUGCAUCUGAGUAAGUGUCUGUGACAGGUCGGUACAAGAUAUUUGAUUCCCUGCGAUCUUGCUGCUUAAUUUGAUCUCUGUGAGGUUAGAAUUACAUUUUCCAUUUAUCUCUGUGAACCUUUAAUAAAGACUAAGAGAUAAAGAUCCUGAGGCUCUGGCCUUCAGCAUUAUUGUCUGAUUCUGCCCUGAACGUGAAUUCACCAACCUCUUAUCACCCCACGAGCAUUCCGCCUGGCUCGCGGCAGCAUCUGUGGCCUUUUUCAGACCUGCCGGGAUCUCUGGGAGGGUCAGUUUAUUUGCAGAAGCAUCAGAGCUCUAAAGAAGGGAGCAGCUGUACAUAAAUACUAUAAUGGCAGAUGAAUAGAAAAAUGAACAAAGAGUACGAAUUGGUAUUUCACAGAAGAAAUGCACAUUGUCGAUAAAUAUGGACAGCUGCUCGGCCUGUCGUAAAGAAAUGGAGUGUUUAAAAAGUCUCACUAUUUUAAAAUGUGUAUGGUUGGCAAAGAAUUGAAAAGUUCAAUCCUAUCUCAUGUCAACAAAGAUAUGGGGACAUGAAGGUAUGUAAUUACCUUUGUAAUUAAAUAAUGAGAAGUCUUCAGAAAAUUCAUGGAAAAUGCAUAUUAUGGAAAAGCUAUGCACAGCUUUGAAGUUUUAUUUUGCCCUAAAAUAAAUUCAUCUUUGAAUUCCAUUUUCCACAAACUUUCUUGAAGCACCCUCAUAAACAACUGAAAAAUUAGGAAUGCAGUGUUGAUCUCAUCAUACCCUCCACCCAUGCUUCUCAUUGCCUACACGAGACCUUCUUAGGGAGCAUGUUAUAAGGUGGAAUCGUUGAGUGCUUACUCAGUGUCAGCCUUCAAACACCAGUAGUGGACCCAUUAAACAGAUAAGUGAGCCAAAGCACAGAGUGCUGAUAGGCCCUAGAGGUGGUGCCAGAACUCAUACUUAACUCCCUGGUCCAGGAUUCUGUCCAUCUUCCCACCUCACCAUUUCAUUUGCAGCUCCUGUCUGGAAGGUUCCUUCCUGAGAAAGGCCUUUCUUUUCUUUUCUUUUUUUUUUUUUUUUAAAGAUUUUGUUUAUUUGAGAGGUAGAGUUACAGACAGUGAAAGCCAGAGACAGAGAGAAAGGUCUUCCUGGCCGGCGCCGCGGCUCAAUAGGCUAAUCCUCUGCCUUCGGCGCCGGCACACUGGGUUCUAGUCUCGGUUGGGGCGCCGGAUUCUAUCCCGGUCACUCCUCUUCCUGUCCAGCUCUCUGCUGUGGCCCG